AUGGCAGACUACGACGAGGAUGGAUUCAAGAACGAAAAGCUGGACGACUUCGAGGAAAACAUGGAGCUGAGCGAGGAGGAACGGUUCAGCGACGAGGAACCACUGGAAACCGAAGACGGAAAGACGAUCGUGAAAGGAGGCCUGGGACCAGACGACGCCGACGCUUUUGCCAACGGGAGCACGCACAAGAAGGCCAAGAACCUCGCGAUUCCUAAAGACCAGCGCACCACCACGCCAUACAUGACCAAAUACGAAAGAGCAAGAAUAUUGGGUACCAGAGCUCUACAGAUCUCCAUGAAUGCUCCUGUCCUGGUCGACAUCGAGGGAGAGACCGACCCGUUGCAGAUCGCCCUCAAAGAACUCUCGCAGAGAAAGAUUCCGCUAAUCAUCAGACGAUACCUGCCUGACGGCUCAUACGAGGACUGGAGUGUCGACGAGCUGAUCAUUGAUCAAUAA